AUGGGAAAACAGAGAGACAUUUUGGAGAAACUGGCAGGGACCUUUCAAAUUCGGCAUGUGCUCCUCCGCCAGGCCCUGGCAGAGUGCCUGGGAACUCUUAUUCUGGUGAUGUUUGGUUGUGGAGCAGUAGCACAGGUGGUGCUAAGCAGAGGCUCCCAUGGCACGUUCCUCACUGUCAACUUUGCUUUUGGUUUUGCUGUAACAUUGGGCCUUCUUGUGAGUGGACAAAUCUCAGGUGGUCAUCUGAACCCAGCUGUGACCCUCUCACUGUGUUUACUCGGGAGGGAGCCAUGGAGGAAGUUCCCAUUGUUCUUUUUCUUCCAGACUCUCGGAGCCUUCCUGGGUGCAGCGAUUGUAUUUGGCAUGUAUUUUGAUGCACUGUGGGACUUUAGCCAGGGGGAGCUGGUUGUGGUGGGGAAGAAUGCCACGGCUGGGAUUUUUGCCACAUAUCCAUCCAAAUAUCUCUCACUGGUUAAUGGAUUCUUUGACCAGUUUAUUGGAACAGCUGCAUUGAUCGUAUGCAUCCUCGCCAUAGUUGAUCCACACAACAAUCCAGUCCCGAGAGGUCUGGAGCCCUUCACUGUAGGCUUUGUGGUGUUGGUCAUUGGCCUGUCAAUGGGCUUCAACUCUGGCUAUGCCGUCAACCCAGCCAGGGACUUGGGACCACGCAUCUUCACGGCUCUUGCAGGCUGGGGUAGAGAGGUUUUCACAGCAAACACCUACUGGUUCUUUGUGCCCAUCUGUGCACCCUUCUUGGGUGCAGUGGUGGGUGUGCUGAUGUACCAGCUAAUGAUUGGAUACCAUUUAGAAGGAGAAGUGCGAGAGAAGCAGAAAGAGGAGGAGGAAAGGUUCAAACUUUCCAACAUGACAACCGAGGAAGAUGCAUGAGCACUGCUGAAUUUCUUUUUACUUUUAUGUUGCAGUAGAUAACAUUCUUUCCUAACAACUAAAUCUUUUGCUGUUUAGCUGUGAGGAAAACUCUUUUAGUUUUCACAUUGUUUUCACCCUUUAGUAGUACUAGGUCAAGUAGUAAGUCAUUUAAAUGCAUUUCUCUUAAGUCACUAUCACUAAAUGAGGUUACACAAUGGCAGAUUUUUAUUUGUGUAUGUAGGCUCUA